UAAACAUGGCGGCUCGUACACGGCUGCCCUUGCUCUUCCCCAAAAAUUUGCCCCCGCUCAGGAACCAGCAGUUGGCUCACACCCAGGCCGCGGUAAAGGAGCCCUCGUACCCUCCUGUCGUCGCCUCUUUCACGGCUAAAAGUAAAUCGGCCCGGCUGCGUCAGGUGGAGGAGCAGAUCCAGAAGAUCCGAGCCUCCACCGUGCAGGAGAAGAUCGACUUCAUCACUCGUAUCCAACGAGAGAAGUUCGUCAUCUACCCGCAGACUUUCUCCCGCAACCCGGACAAAUGGUACCAGCACUUCACCAAGACCGCCUACAUCCCCGGCCUGCCCGAGAAGUUCUCCCCGGCUCAAGAGCAGCCUGAGGCUGCAGAGAAUUCGCCGCCAGCCGCUGAGCACCACCAGGGGAGUGAGGAUGAGGCGUUCAGGGACAUCCGCUCCCUGGUGACCCGUGUGAUCUUACAGGAGCACUGGCACAUAAAUAAACGUAAAGUGUUCUUGUUUAGAAAGCAGGAGCAGACUGUGGCACCUUUACUGAAGAACCUGGUGGCUGGGCUCACCUACAGUCUGGCCAAGUACAACCCACUGAUCCCCCUCUCCAGCUUAGAUUUGAAUCCCCAGGUGAACUUCUACUGGAGGAGAGGGCAGAGGUUCAUCCCAAAGGGCCACAGGAAGGGCCGACUGGAGCCAACCAGGUUCCAGAUCGACGACCACCCGCACAGUCAGAUUAGAAUAACACAACAGCUGCCACAGUUCACUCCCAUGGAGGCCUCGUAUUCAGCCGAAGUUCCAGAGAUCACGUUAGCGCCCAACGUGAUGCCUCUGUUCAGAAGACAGUACGACAACACCAUCUACACAGGCUCUAAGCUACCAGACCCGGCUUGCUACGGUCACACUCAGUUCCACCUGGUGCCGGACCGCUACCACAGAGACCGGAUGGCCCGACAGCAGCAGUCUGACCAGGUGGAGCCUUUCCUCAGAGCCAACGGCCUCGCCAGUCUCUUCGCCUGGACAGGAGCUCAGGCCAUGUACCAGGGUUUCUGGAACCACGAGGACGUCACCCGGCCUUUCGUAUCUCAGGCCGUGAUCACAGACGGACAGUUCUUCUCAUUCUUCUGUUACCAGCUCAACACGGUCGCUCUCUCUGUGGAGACGGACAGCGACAACCCCAGGAAAAACCUCCUGUGGGGCACGGAGAGCAUGCGACUGUACGAGAGCGUGCAGGACGGAGAAGUCGUGGGACUGGACGACGGCGUCAUCAAGCUGCUGAUGAAGUUCCUCAUGAACCAGCCGUAGAGCUCUUCAGGUGACCGGCAUCAUGAAAAAACAUCUGAAAGGAGAUUUCCUUGAGUCCAAAGGCAUUGAUUGAAAGAUGCACGAAAAUGAGGAAAGAACAUUUGAAGAGCAGAGAUGAAGCUGUUUCAGAUUGUAUAAAGAGUUAAGUAACCUUAUAAACAACAAAUAACUGUACAAGCGUCACGAUUAUU